AUGGGUCCGACUGCGCCGUACUCACCAUCCCAGAACGGAGUCUCUGAGAGAUUGAAUCGCACACUGCUUGGACUAGCGCACGCGAUGAUCUAUGUGAGAGAUCUACCUCAUUAUCUUUGGGCUGAAGCGAUUGCUCACGCAGUCUAUAUUAAAAAUAGAUCGCCUACCCAGGUGUUAAAUGGGGCAACUCCCGAAGAAAAAUGGAAUGGGACGAAACCAAAUAUCUCGUACCUACAAGAAUUCAGUUCCCCCGUAUGGGUCCUCACGGAAGACGCAACACUAUCAAAGCUAGCACCCCGUGCCAACAAGUAUAUUUUUGUUGGAUACAUGGACGGACCCAAAGCCAUCAAAUAUUAUGAUGCGCACACGCGCCAGAUUAAAAUCUCGCGUAAUUUCCAAUUUUCUUCGAAUUCCCCGGACCAUUUGCCCAGCAAUGCACCUCACGUGCCACAAGAGCAAAUAGGAUCCGACGUACCUAUCCUCACAGCACAGCGUGAGGGGGAGCAAAAUAUAUUUCUGGGCACUUUACCUAGCAAUGCAUCAGACGUGCCGCAUGCAGAAAGGAGACCCGAAGUCCCAAACCUCACAACGAUCGCAGACGUGCGGCGCGAGGAGGAGUUAGGAACUUCCGCACCACAGUCACCUGCCAAAAAUCCACGAAAGCGCAGACAGGAUGAUGAUCCUGAUUAA